AAGCACGGCGGUGUGGUUACGAGCGCUGAACAAGCACGCGCGAUUUUUGCCGCGUGGGCGGCGCAGAGACGCUGGGGAAACCGUAUCUGAUGGGGAAACGCGGCUCGACGUAACACCUGGCCCUAAUUAAAACGCUCCUGACACAGGCGAGUCUGCGCUGCCGGUUUACUGCAACAUUGAGAAGUUCAAACGAGGCCGGGACAAUUUAUACUUUGUGGCCGAGGACUUCAGAGAAACUGUGAAAAAAAGAGAGUUAGUCAACGCCAAGGAACGAAUGAGAAUCAGGAACUUGAAUACCAUGUUCUCUCGCUUGAAAAGGAUGGUACCUCUGAUGCGACCAGACCGAAAGCCCAGCAAAGUGGACACACUUAAAGCUGCAACAGAGUACAUUCGAUUGCUUCUUGCGGUUUUGCAGGAAACUGACAGUGAUGAAGGUAGUGGGACCGAUUUCUUAAAGAAUGCAAUCACUUACAGUCAGACUGAAGGCCUUGGCAGUGACCUAUGGAGGGUGGAUGAUUUGCUGAGCAUGACAGAGGAGCACAUAGAUGAUGGAUUCACUUUACCCCCUGAACCGGUGGCAGAGGAUGGAGAUAUGACCCGACUGGUGUUGCAACACUGUGUGAUGCCAACAUACCAGUUCAUCAUCCAAGUAGCACCUGAUCAGCCUCUGACAUCUCAACCCUGCUGAGUGGUGUUUACACCAGCUGGCACGGACCGACUUUGGACACCUGCCAGGGGCCUGUAGCUUUGAAGAAAAGAAGGAUUGCGAAGAAGGCAGACUCUCAUUUGUCUUAUUUGAUUUAACCUUUUGAUUUAUAUUUUGUUGAAGUGAAUAUAAAUGUUUCAAUUUUAAUUUUAGAGUGCAUCUUUGGCAGCCUGUAAAUGAAAUGUUAAAAGGAGCUUCUGUUGUUGUAAUUUCACUUAUGGAAUGAAUUGUUUUCUGUGUAGGCCUGAAAGAAGCCUGUUUAUUAAUCUACAACACUUUCGUUGUAAGACAUGUUAUGUAUUAACUUUGAAGAGCAUUUUCUGUGAAGAAAGACUAGUGCCAACACAUUUCUGACUCUAAUGUUAAUAUAGAUUUUCAUGGGAAAAGGUUUAAUU